AUGGUGAAGGACUCCAACGUUCCCAGCCGCUUUGGGAAGGACUCUCACACAUUCGAGAACGGGGCCACCUACACCGGCGAGUGGAAAGGAAGCUGCAGGCACGGUAAAGGCGUGCAGAUCUGGCCAGAUGGUGCCCGAUACGAAGGUGAUUGGGCGGAUGAUAAGGCCUCUGGCUCGGGAAGAUUCGAGCACGUUGAUGGGGAUAUCUACGAAGGACAGUGGAAGGAUGACAAGGCCCACGGCCAUGGCAUCUACUACCACGCCGACGGUUCUAAAUACGAAGGCCAGUGGCAGGAGGACAAGCAGCACGGCCAAGGAACUGAGAUGUGGCCCGAUGGGGCCAAGUACACGGGUUCGUAUGUGCACGGGAACAAGUCUGGGCUGGGCCUGUUCGCCUGGGCAGACGGCUCCAGCUACCAGGGCGAGUUCCUGAACAACGACAUCCAUGGGGCCGGCGUGUACAAGUGGAGCGAUGGACGAAAGUUCGAGGGCCAAUGGGCUCGCAACAGGAUGCACGGAUUUGGGCAUUUCAGCUGGGUGGAUGGUCGCAGCUACGAAGGUCAGUAUGUCAGUGACCAGAAGGACGGUGAGGGCGUAUUUAGAUGGCCCGAUGGCCGCCAAUAUGAUGGCCAGUGGAAGAACGGCAAGCAGCAUGGUAUUGGCGUUUACUGCACUGCACGAGGUGAUAAGCGGCGUGGCGAAUGGGAAGAAGGCCGCCGUACCUGUUGGCUUGGCCCAGCUGAGUCUCUGCAGAAGGAGGAGGCCGAGGCAAAAGACACAAAUCCAACAUAA